AUGAUGAAGGGCAAGAUCCAGCUCCUUUGCUGCCGAAUGUCUCCUACCACUCAUUGCACGAACGUCAGCGUCUUCCGCCCGCAGUCUAGCCUUUUUCAGGUCGGCCUGGCUGGCGGCUCGGUCCUUCCUAUAGUUAUCUUCUCAUGGCUCGGAGGUCUAGGUACUUCGUAUCUACCAACACUUGUAAUCUUUUUUAUCGACAUUGGUUCCCUUGUCAAGCUGAUGGUGGAUAGAGGCGCAGCUCGACAUGCAGACCGCCAACUACUCGACGGAGACCCCACCGAGCCAACCGAACCAGAAGAAGCCGGAGGAUACCCAAAGCAACAGCCAACCGAAGAAGAAGAGGAUGCCAAAAGUUUCCACCACUCGAUCACCCGUGAAGACACUGCAGAACAAACCGAACAAGAGAAAGGUGACACCGGCCUCUCUCACCCAAAACCCAAGGUGUCACCCAAAAAGAGGCGAGUUAAGGUUGCAAGCACCAUCACUGGCAGUCCUGUGAGAGGCUCCAAAGCGCUCAAGGAGCUCAUACAAGUUCAGAAGGUGAUUCUGACUGGCAAACAACACAAGAGAAACCAACGUGAAGAAGGCAAACAGGUCCACCUGGCCGACUGA